GAUCCUCACGCGCGCUAGGGUUUAAUUUCUUUCUCUUUUUUCUUUUCUCCCCUAAUUUAACAAAUUUUUUUUAUUUAAUUCGAUUAUUAGAUCUUAAAAUCUUCUAAAUUUUCAAUUUUAAUAAUCCCAUAACCUUGCUUUCCACUUUGGGUUUCCCCCUUCCUCUUCCCGUCCUUCGCCUUUCUAGGGUUUCUAGAGUUUGCGCUCCGAAUUUCUAGGGUUUUCUCUCCAUGGGAACGUCGACGUGUCUCAUACUCUCGUGCUUCGCUGUUUGCCCUCAAAUCCACGAAAUUGAGUCCAAAUUUUGGUUUGUUCCCUUCUAAUUCAUUCAAUUUGUAAUCAAAGUUGCGAUCUUUCUCUGAACACAUAUUCAAAAUUAGGUUUUUGUGAAGCACAAAUUUCGUAGGAUUUAAUCAAUCAUGGAGGAAAACAUAGGCUUCUCUGAAUCGGAUAUGUUCUCGACACCCAUUAAUGGCGAAGACCCCCUCCUUAGCUGCUCCAUGGAUAGCAUCUUCGAUGAGAUCCUCAAAGACACCCACCACCACGUGUGCACCCACACCCACACGUGCAAUCCCCCGGCCCCCGGCCCUGACCUCUCGCACACGCACACGUGCUUCCACGUGCACACGAAGAUCCUGUCGGCGCCCGCUGAUCGAUCGGCUGAGUCCGCCGAGAAGAGCUCGUGUCCAAAGAAGCGGCUUCGCGGUAACAGGGAUGCGGUGAAGAAGUACCGGGAGAAGAAGAAGGCGCACGCCGCCUCUUUAGAGGAGGAGGCGGCCAAAUUGAGGGCUUUGAAUCAGCAGCUGAUGAAUCGGCUUCAGGGAGAAGCUGCGCUGGUGGCGGAAGCAGCGAGGCUUCGGUGCUUGCUCGUCGACAUACGAGGAAGGAUCGAAGGAGAGAUUGGGUCGUUCCCGUACCAGAAGCCGAUGAGGCGGGGCGGAGAAUUGGUCUCUAUGCACUUUGUGAGCCCUUGCGAUUUCUGCUGCGACGAUCAAGCGUACUGCGGUUAUCCGGGGAUGCGUCUGAAAAAUAUCGAGGGAAGUGAUGUGACGAUGGAUGGUCGGGGAUCGGGAGUUUGCGAUGUUGGGAGUGGUCGAUGCAGGGGGAGUCCAAGUUCCGGAUCGAAGAACUUGCAAAAGGAAAAGUGAUGCAUUUAGGGUGUUCAUCGAAUGACGCAGAGAUUUAAGGGUGUCCGUCGAUGGUCGAUCUGCUGUUGACGACAAGCUGAUUUCGUUGCUUGCAUCAUCUCCUGAAGAUAUUCGUCGAACAUCAACAGUGUUUCAUCUGUCUCUUAGUUUGUUCAUUUAAUGCCCCUUAACUUGUUCAUUUAAGUAGGCUUAACGCAAAACUCGUGCAGCUAUUAUCAUUGUUGAUCCUUCAAGUGAGGGUACUACCUUUCUUAUUGUAUUCUAUUCCUUGGUUCUUUUGUGAAAUAUUUACAGUAGAUAGUAGCAUGUAAUAAUAAAUCCAUAUAGGCACUGUUGUGUGAGGUGCUUGCUUUGUUAAUCUUAUGUACUCUUUGUUUCAAUGUCGCUUAUAUUAAUACAAAAAAUUAACUCGCUUUAUCGCCAA